AUGCAAAGCGAUAUAAUUGUAAGUAAAGAUUUGCCGGAAUUUAACGGCGUAAUGAGCGGUAUACUUAACUUGCACCCUUAUAAUAAUAAGACCGUAUGUAGGGAAAAGAAUAGCGAAAAUAAGAAAUUAGUAAAUUGUGAACACGAAGAUGAUAAAGAGAAAGGGGAGUUCAACGGUAACUUGGAUAAGGGGUUUUCCCAAUCGAAUAUAUCAUCUACAGUAGAUUGUAAUUCGAUUAAUUUAUCAUAUAAUUCGGAGAUAUUAAAUAAUUUAGUUUUGAAUAAAGAUAAUGAAGGAGAGCAAAAUAAUCGUGUUAGUAAUAAUAGCAAUAGUAAUAAUAGCAAUAGUAAUAAUAUCAAUAGUAAUAAUAUCAAUAGUAAUAAGAGCAAUAGUAAUAAUGGUAAUAAUUGCAAUAGUAAUAAUAGCAGUAGUAAUAUUAGCAAUAGUAAUAAUAGCAGUAGUAAUAUUAGCAGUAGUAAUAUUAGCAAUAAAAAUGUUAGUUAUAGUAUUAAUAGUAGUAAUAACAAUAGGUGUCAAGAUGUACGUGAAGAAAUGAGAAUGCAUAGUUACUCUCUAAGUCAUUGUGAAAAUAAUAGAAGCGUUAACACUGCCGUGAAACCACUAAAUAAUAGUACUACUAGUAGUAGUAAUGGUAGUAAUAAUAUGCAUUCGUUUUAUAACCUUGAUGUUUUUCUAAGUGAGGAAAAAAAGAUAAAUAUGCAAGGUAAAGAGGGUGCAUGUACGGAGGGAUUUAAAAUAGAAGAUACAGAUAAAUGUUAUUUUGAAAAAAUUGAAAAAAAAGAUCAGAAAGAUGAUGAAGUAUCAUCUCAACGUAAUAAACAGAAUAUUAAUGAAAAAAAUGAAUACAACAAGAACAGUGAAAAUAAUCAAAAUGACAAUAAUAAACAAAAUGAUCAAUAUGAUGAAUAUAGGAAGAAUGAUCAUACGUCGAAGUCCUCCUUGGGAUGUAUAAAUAAUAGUAAUGCUAUUAUUAGGAGUGGUUCAAUGAUUGCAAGAAAUUAUACUUCUUCUAAAUGGACGAAUAAGAAUAAUAUGAGUAACGUUUUAAUAAGAAAUAAUACUAUAGAAAAUGAUAAGAAUAAAAUUAAUAAUUAUAGUAAUAAUAAUAUUAAUGGUGGAUGUUCAGAGGGCACUGUCAAAACCUCUCAUGGUGGCCAUAGCAAUAAAAUAGAUGAUCAUGAUGAACAUAGCCCCUUUAAAGAUAACUCAUGCAGUGUACAUAGUGAAGUUAGUGAAAAUAAUAAUAUGAAUAAUGUGAACAAGAACAGUAGUAUUAGCAGCAAUUGCAGUAACAGUUGUAGUAAUAAUAAUAGUAGCAGCAGUAACGAGAAGGAUAACUGCAGCAGUAAUAGUAACAAUAAUAGCACUAGCGGUAGCAAUAACAAUGAGAAUAAGGGCACUAGUGGAAAUAACAGCAGUAACAGUAACAGUAACAAUGACAGCAGAGGUAGUAACGGAAACAGCAAUAACAAUGAUAACAAUAACAAUAGCAAUAACAAUAAUGAUAACAAUAAUGAUAACAAUAACGAUAACAAUAACGAUAACAAUAAUGAUAACAAUAAUGAUAACAAUAAUGAUAACAAUAAUGAUAACAAUAAUGAUAACAAUAAUGAUAACAAUAACGAUAACAAUAAUGAUAACAAUAACGAUAACAAUAACGAUAACAAUAACGAUAACAAUAAUGAUAACAAUAAUGAUAAGAACAACAAUAACAGCGGUGAGAACAGUGGUAAUAAUGAUGAAGAUAAUAGCAAUAAUAAAAAUAAAGAUAAGAGCAAAAACAACAAUAAUAAUGGCAUAAAUAGCAGCAAUAUCGACAACAACAGUAAUAGCAAUAGUAAUAGAGGAAUGAAGAAAAACAGUGAUAACAAAAGUACAGAUAGCAUUAAAAGAAGCAGUAACAGCUUUGACAGAAGUAAUAAAAACAAAACGAAUACUAAUCAAGAAGCGAAAAAUGCAGGAGGAAAAGGACAACCAUCGCUGUCAAGUAAAUCGUUUAGUAAGAACGUUAAUAAUAACGUUACAUCUUCAUUAAGCUCAUUAAAUGCAGAUGCACCUGAAUUUGUUCCAUCAACGAAAAAUAUGCAAAAUAAUUUACAGUUUAAUAAUUUAAUGUGGAAUAAUAACUAUUAUCAAGAUAUGGCAAAUAGUGCAUAUGGGAGCGUGACAGGUGCUAAUAUUAUGAACAACCUGACUGUGCAAGGAAAUAAUAGCAUGUUGAACCCCAACUCAAUGAUAAAUUCAUUGAAUGUAAUGAACAACAAUUCGGCCAGUAAUAUCAUGAAUAUUUCUAAUGCAAAUAAUGCUGUAAAUGUAUCAAAUAGUAUAAAUUUAAAUAUACCUACUAGCAGCACUAGUGUAAUUAUGAAUAUACCUAGUAGUAAUGUGAACCAUAUGGAAAUAUGCAACGAUAGGGGUAAUACUAAUAGUAGCAAUAAAAACGAGGCUACUAAUAGUAAUAACAAUAAUAGCAGUAGCAGUAAUAACAAUAACAGUAGUUGCAGUAAUAAUGCAAGCAGUAACAGUAACAGCAACAGCAAAGCGAAGAAAAUUAAUAACAAUGCAAAUAAUAGCGUAAACAGCGGGAAACAAAUAAGUAAUAGCAAUAACAAUAAUACGACGGGUAAUCAUGAAAAUAAUAUAUCCAACAACCUAACAUUACAUGGACCAACAAUGGGUGUAGUAAAGAGUGUAACAACCCAAUCAGAAUCAAAUUUUUUAAAUCAGAAUAUGAUAUCUGGGAUGAAAAAUAUAAGAUCCAAUAGUUUUAUGAACAGUUCAGAAAAUUCUACUCCAUAUCAUCAUCCAAUGGAUCCACAUAAUGCGCAUCAAAAUUUUCAGCUAAAUAAUACUAUGAUGCAUCACCAUAAUUUUUAUUUUAAUCAUCCGCAUAUGUUAAAUAAUCAUCCAAAUGGAUUACAAGGCCCCCAGUCACUACCGCAAUCAAUACCACAAUCAUUACAGCAGUCCCUACCGCAAUCCCUUUUUGCUCCUAUGCCGUAUGCAAAUACAUUAGGAUCAAGUAGUGUUCAUCAUGAAAUGCCAUUUCCUCAACCACUACCAUCUGUUUAUGGUUCCUUUGGUAAUAGUAACCAUAACAUGAUAGGAGCGAAUGGCAUUGGAUCUCAAAAAAAUGGUAACAUGAAUAUGAAUCCUUAUAAUUUUAUACCAUGUGGUUCUGUAAUUCCUUCUCCUCCCCCUCAAUUGCAACAACAUAAUGGUCCAAUGAAUUUAAAUCCCUCGGUUGAUCAACAUUUUAUGAACAAUUCAGGUAAUAAUAGUGGAACUUUAAAAAUUCCAUAUAAUAAUAAUCAUGUGAAUCAAGGAAAUAGGAAUAUGUUUAAUCAUUUUAAUAACUCCAAUAUGCAUGCUGCUAAUAAUAUGAAUGAAAAUAAUUAUGAACAACAAGGUGCAAGUAAUAAUAACAAUAUGAAUCAUAUAAUUGGAGCAAAUUUAAAUUAUGGUGCAUUUAACAGUUUUAAUGGUAAUCAGAAUAAUAAUAUGCAUUUAAAUAGUGAUAGUAAUAGUGUGCAUUUAAAUACUGCAGGAUUAGGAAAUAAUAUACCCUUGAAUAGCAGUGGAAGCGUUAUGUGUUUAAAUAAUCCUUUGCACAUGAGCAGUUUAGGCAGUGUUCCCCCUCCGCAUCAUCCGAUGAAUAACAUGAGUGGCAUGAACAGUAUGAACAACAUGAACAUGAACCACGGAAUGCUUAUGGGUAAUGGUAAUGUGAAUAAUAUUAAUAGCAUGAAUAGUCUGAGCAGUAUUAACACAAUGAAUAACAUGAACAAUAUGAAUGGCGUUAGUAAACAGCAGAAGAGAAACAAUUCAUACAGUGAAAGGAGCAACAAUAACAAUAGUGGAAACAUGAACAGUAAUAUGAACAAUAACAUCAAUAGUAUGAGUAGUAACAACAGUAACAAUAAUGUGAGUGGUAGCAUGAACGGUAAUAGUAGGCAUUUCAGUUAUCGUGAGAACAACAGUACAAAAGGUGUAAAGAAUAAUGUGCAAGGUACAAAUGGUUCGGUUAGUAAUUACAAUAAUUAUAAUAUGAAGCAUGAUAACAGAAAGCAUAGUAGAUAUAAUAAUACCUUAAAUAAUACAAGUAACAGUUUUAACUCUAAUUUCAAUGCUAAUGCUAGUAGCACAAUGAACAAUACUUCAAAUGCUGUAAAGAAUGCCUACAAUAAUAAGGGAGGUAAACUUGAAAUGUAUAGUAGAGACGAAAGAAGAGCGUCAACUAGUAAUAAUUAUUACCAAAAGGGUAACAACGCGAAUAGUGGAACUAAUAGUAAUAAUAAUAUUAACAAUAAUGCAAAUACUGAAAGAAGUGGAAACGCGAUGAGUAAUUUGAACGGGAAAAUGAAGGAUCCAGUGGAUGGGUUCGAUGCAAAGGAUGUCAAGGAUGAUGUUCGUGAAAAGGGCAGUGAAUACAGUAAUAAUCAUAGCAGUAGCCAUAAUGUUGACGCUGUUCACACGUACAAGGGGAAGAGUUAUAAUGUGAACAGCUCAGGUUUAAAGAGUAAAAGUGGAAACACGUUAAACCAUAGUUUGAAUAAUAAUAGUAAUAACAACAAUAACAUCAAUAACAGUAAUAGCAACAUGUUGAAUGAGCUGUCGAAUGAAAAGAGAUUGUAUAAUAAUAAACAUGAGAAGAACAACAGUAAGGAUAACCACAAGGGGAAUAGAAACUAUGUUAAUAGUAAAACGAAUGAAGAGAAGAAUUCAUCAACUAUUAAGAGGGAUUCACUUAAAGAUAAGAGUGGAAAGCAGAAUGAUAAUUAUCACAAAAAGGGUUAUGUAGAUAUGACCACAGCUACUAGUAACUACAACAACAACAACAGUAUUAGCAAUAAUAAUAAUAAUAAUAAUGUAAAUGGCGGAGGUGGUGGUAGCAAUAACAAGCACUCAAGCAAUUUUGUGAAUAACAAGUACCACAGUUCUGUUGAUAAGAGAGGAAGUCAUCAUAUGAGGAAUAUUGAAAACAAUAAUCUAAAUGAAAAAAAAGCGAAGAGUGAAAAUGAUAAUAAUAGUAAUAGUAAUAGUAGGAAUAAUAAUAGUAGAAAUAAUAAUAGCAAUAGUAGUAGUAAUAAUAAUAACAAUAGUAAUAGUAAUAGUAAUAAUAAUAAUAAUAGUAAUAGUAAUAGUAAUAGUAAUAGUAAUAGUAAUAGUAAUAAUAAUAAUAAUAAUAAUAAUAAUAAUAAUAAUAAUAAUAAUAAUAAUAAUAAUAAUAAUAAUAAUAAUAAUAAUAAUAAUAAUAAUAAUAAUAAUAAUAAUAAUAAUAAUAAUAAUAAUAAUAAUAAUAAUAGUAAUAGUAAUAGUAAUAAUAGUAAUAAUAGUAAUAGUAAUAAUAGUAAUAAUAAUAAUAGUAAUAAUAAUAAUAGUAAUAAAAUCAGCGAGAAGGACAGUAUGUCAAGCAAUAAUGUUGUAAACACUAUGAACAGUAUGAAUAAUAUACACAGUGUGCGUAAUAACGAUAUGGUAGGUAAUAAAAGAUUAGUUGUUGGUACGAGAAAGGAAGGGGAUAAUCUAGUUAGUAGUGGUAAUAAUAACGUAAUGAAUAGCAAAAAUUCGAAUUAUGGUAAUUUAAAAAAUUUUAAAAAUUACGAAAAGAAAAGCAUGGAAAUGUCUGCUUGGGUAAAAAUAGCGAAAACGAAUUUGACCAAAAAGAAAAGCGAAAAAACUAAUGUGAGUGCACACCACGAUAAUAAUAGUAUUAACAUUAGCGGUGGUAAUAACAAUAGGAGUAGUAGUAAUAGUAAUAACACUGGCGGUGUGAGAAGUGGUGUCCUUGCUUCAAACAUGAACAGCAAGUAUCAGGAUAAUUACAACAUAGAUGUAGGUAGUAGUUAUGGUAAACAGAAAAUGUACAGGGGUAACACUAAUGUGCGCAAUCAUAGCAAUAAUGAUGUGCAUUAUCAUAAGGGGGAAAUACCUUCUGUACAUAAUAACGUGAAUAAGGAAUGUGUAUCGAAUGUUGUAAUGAAGGAGGGCAAAAAAACAAAUGAAGAUGAAGAGAAGGAACGGGAAAAGGAAAAGGAUAAAUACAAAUACAGGGAUAUGGAAAAGGAGGAGAAGAAAAAGUUAUUGAAGAGAGAGAAGGAUAGUAGUAGUAAUAACACUGUGUAUUAUAACAAGAACGGAAAAAAGGUAGGUGAUGAGGAGAUAGAUUCUCACAUGAGAGGAAAGAAAAGCAUCUAUUCCAGCGGUGGUAAAGACAUGUCAAAGGCAAAAUAUGAUAGUAGUGGUAACAAUAACAAUAACAGCAGUAGCAUUAAACGAGUCGAAGUGAAUGAAAGGAAAGCAGGAAACAACAGCAAUAAUAGUAACAAUAAUAAUAGUAACAACAGCACAAGGAAUAGUUACUUUUCGCAUAGACAGAGGGAAAAAAUAAAAAUUCAAAAUGUUGAGAUAAAACAAAUUGGUAAUAAAAUUGUUAAUACGAGAAAUGAUAGCAGCAAAGAUUCUGAGGAAAAAAUCGAUUCGACAGGUGUGAAGAGAAGCAACAACAAUAAUAAUAAUAGUAGUAGCACAAAGAAUAUUUGUGGUGACUGUGAUAUUCAUAACAAUAAUAGGAGCAACAUUAGUGCGAGAAACAACAGUAACAGUAAUAGGAACAACAGUAGCGGCAAGAACAAGGUAAAUGGUAAUGAAGGAAUAGAAGAGGAGAAGGGUGGUGAACAACAGCAAGGAAAGGGAAAUGCAGCAGUAAAAGAAUACAAAAAAGAAGCGUAUAAUAAUAAAGUACAUUAUGAUAAGAAUAAUCGUAGUUCUAAGGUUGACACGAAAGAGAGUGUUGAUAGUGGUGAUAAUACUUGUGGUAAUUACAAAAAUAGCAAUACCAAUGGAACUAUCAAUAACAAUGAUAAAAACAAUGAUGAUGAGAUUAAGGACGGGUACUAUGAAAGAGGAGCGAGUAAUCGUGCUGAUGAGGAUUAUCGUAAUAGGAAGAAUGAAACUGGAUAUAGUGAUGAUAUUGAUAAUGAUAAUAUUAAUAUGAAGAAGGAUAAGACUGGGACGACUAGUAGUGUAAAAAAUGAACAAAUUAAUAAGAGUAGUAGGAGGAAUCAUAAGGAUAUGAUGAUGUAUAAUAAUGAUAACACCAGUAUAAACGGUGAGGGAAAGUUCGUUCAAAACCGUCAAGAAAAUAAUAGUAGUAAUAAUAAUAUGGUCAAGAAAAACCUAAGUAUGCAAAAUAAAGAGAAAGAAAACAACAAAUACAUAAAUGGAAAUGAAUAUAAUAACCAUGUGAACACAAUGGAUGAUGAUAACAGAUCUGUAUCCAUGCACACCAAUUCGAAGAAUUCUGUGUGGGAGGGAAAAAUAUCUUUUGCUGAAAUGGCAAAGAGAAAACCGAGGAAAGAUGAGAAGAAGGUAACAAGAGAGGGAAGAGAUGCAAAAAAUGAGAAAUCAACGGGUUCUUUACACAGUGAUAAUAGAAAAAAUUACAACAGCUCAAAUAGAGGUGAUGAGAAGCCAUCAAGGAGAGUAGAAGUUGGAGAUGGAAGUGGAACGGGAACUGGAACUGGAGGGGAUGGUCGUCCGCAUAACAGAUACUGUUCUAACGGAACAAAUAGAGAUAAAGGAGUAGAAGACAUGAAAAAGAGAGACGAAAUUAGAGAUGAUAGUACCAAAGUGGAUAGUCGUAGAUGUAGAAGUAAUUCAAACAAAAAAGGAACAAAAGGAGAAAAAUUAAAUACAACAGAUGAUGGUUAUAGUAAUACGGAAAAAAAAGAAAAAGAUGGUAUUGAUAAUGAGGAUCAUAAUUCUAAUAAUGUUGAUAAUGAUAAUGUAUGUGGCAAAUUAGGAAUGAAUGAAAAUGUAGCAGUGUUAGAUGCAGAAUUGGAGGCAGUUAAACAUGACAAAGGAAAAAGUGCAAAGAGGGAAGAUACGUACGAUAAGGCCAUCACUGAUGGUGAUAAGGACAAUUACAAUAAGGAUGACAGUAAGGAUGAUAAUGACGAUAGAAGUGAUGAAGACGAUGACUAUGAUAGUGAUGGAGGUAAGAAUGUCAUUGGAGUAAUAAACAUAGAAGAGGAAACGAAUGAAUCGUAUUUCGAUAGAGUAAAUGCAGAUAGCAAGAAAUUGCUUAAUGAUAAUGGAAUCCAAAGGGAUAGAACCGUGGAUGGAGACGAAGUAAAUGGUGGAGUAAUAGAUGUAGAUGUGAAUUUGGAUGUGGAUGUGGAUGUGGAUGUGGAUGUGGAAAAUAAGAGUAAGAAAGAAGGUAGAAACAGCAGUGCUUCCAAGGAAAUUAAAGGGGCUACUAGAACAACAACAACUACUACUUCUACUACUAGUAGUGGUUAUGGUAAAGUUUUACAGAAAAGUAGUGAUGACGAUGAAAUAUGUUAUGAGAUAGAGGACGAAGGUGGUAAGGCUGUUGAAAAGGGAAAGAUGACUGAUGGAAGCUUGCUUAGUAAAGAAAAAAGUAGUGGCAUAAAAAAAAAGCAAGCAAGUGAAGGAACAAAAGAAGGAGGAGAUCUCGUUAUGAAUAAUACUAAUAUUAACAGUGGUAUCUGUAGCAGUAGUAGAAAUGACAAUUCGAGGGUGGUACGUAAGAACGAGGAUAUAGAAUCAUCAAGCAGAGGAUUGAAUGAGGACUCAAAGCGAGUCAGCUCAAUUGGAAGUAGUAGGAACACUUUGAGGGAAAAGGAAGAAAGGAUUGUUGAUGCCACAAUUAAGAAAGACACUAUGAUGAAUCAUAACUUGAACAGUAGUAGUGAAGAAAAAAAGAGUGGUAAAUAUAUGAAUGGAUUAAAGACGAAAUCAUUUAUAUCUGUUGAUAAUGAUGAUAAUUUAAAAGUGGCGUCAACAAAUAGAAAUAUAGUAAAUAAUGGAAAGGAUGAAGAAGAUAAUGAAAAAAAGAAAAGAGGUGUUAUAUUUGCCGAGAUUAAGAAGGGAGAUGAAAAAUUAAAUGAAGAAGAGAGCACAGUUGAUAUGGGAGAAAGAGUGCAAAAGGAAGGAAUUAAAAAUAUGAAUGGUAGUAAUGGUAGUAGUAUUAGAAUGUCGAAGGAUGAUGUGGAGGAGGAAAAUAGAGAAGGGGAAUUACUAGAUACGUUAGAAAAGCGGGUGAACGAGGUAGAUAGUAAGGAGAAGUAUGAGAAAAAACCAGCAAUGCAGGAGAGUGCAAAUGUUGUUGAACUGUCGAAAGAGGAUCAAAUGAAAAUAGAAAGAUUUUAUAAAGAAAAGAUCUUUACAAAAAUGGAUUUAUUAGAAAUUUAUUUAAGUCGUAAUUUUAGUUUAGAGGGUGAAAGAUUUAAUUUUGUUUUAUCACAGGAUACAAAGGGAGGUGAAGGCGAUUACAAGAAUAGUAAUAAUAAUGGAUGUAUUCUAAGUGGCAGUAAUAUUAACAAUAUUGAUGAUGGAUGUAUGAGUGGUAGUGGUAUGGCUAUGUCAAACAAUAAUAAUAAUAGUGGCGGUUUAAAAAAUAUGAGUAAUGUGUAUAAUAAAAGGUAUAAUAAUAAUAAUAAUAAUAGUGGUGGUGGUGUUGGAGGGGGUUAUAAUAAUAUUGGAGGUGUUAAUGCAGGUGCUAAUAAUAGUUAUGGUAUGAACAUAAAUAAUAGUAGUAGCAAUAACAAUAACAGUAAUACAUUGAACAGUAGUACUAGUGGAAGUAAUAAGUAUCAUUCGAUGAUAAACCAAAAUAUUAAUAAUAAAAAUGCUGAUGAUAUAUGGAGACAUGCACAUGCAAAGAACAUGAUGAUGAGUAGCAAUAUAUUUUCGAGUAAUAACAACAUCGGAAAUCAUAACAACAGCAGUAACAAUAAUAAUAAUAGUAGCUAUGUAGAUGGGAAUAGCACCUCUGGCAGUCAUGCACAUUACGGCCAUCAUAACUAUCACAAUCAUCAUAACAACAUGAUGAUGAUGAGUGGUAGUAGUAGUGGUGGUGGUAACAAUAGUAGUAGUAUGAACGAACAGAAUAACAAUUCUGUAAAGUUAGGACAACCAAAUUUGGAGUGGAGAAAAUCAGAUGGUGAUAAAUUAAAAGGUUUUUUCGAUUCUACAAGGGUAAUUGAGUCGUUAGAUGCAUGGAGGAACAACAACAGUAAUAAUAGUAAUGAGAUGAACAAUAGUAUUUGUAAUAACAAUACGAGUGGUGGUAAAACUGUAGCAGAGAAUAGCUGGUUAUUGAAACAGAACCAACUGAAAGCUGAUAAGUAUACAUGUAUGAUGCGUAAGUUAAGGGGUAUAUUAAAUAAAUUGACAUUUGAAAAAUUUGAUUUAUUAUAUGAACAAAUAAUUCUAGUAGGUAUAUCAAAAUUAGAGGAAAUAAUUGGUUUAAUGAAAUUAGUUUUUGAGAAGGCAGUGACGCAACAUCAUUUCGUUCAAAUGUAUGUACAACUGUGCAAAAAGUUGAAUGUACAUUUUCAUAAUAUGAAAUUAGAAGAUGGUACAACAGUACAAUUUAAAAAAAUAUUAAUUAAUCAAUGUCAAGAUUCGUUUGAAAAUAAUUUAAAACCAAUUGAAUUUCCUAGUAAUUUAAAUGAAGAAGAAAAAUUCGAGUUUGAACAAAUGCAUAAAAAUAAAGUUAGAGGUAAUAUGUUGUUUGUUGGUGAGUUAGUCAAGUCUGGUAUAAUUUCUGUACCUAUUGUUUUUGUAUGUAUAAAACAGUUAUUAGAAAAAAGAAAUAGUUAUAUAGCUCAGAAGAAUGAUACGAAUGAAGGCAAUUUACAUUUAGAAGCAUUAUGUAUGUUCCUAAAUACGAUAGGUGAGAUAUUAGAUAGACAUGAAAAAGCUGAUCAAGAAGAAGUAAAAGAAUUAUAUAACACAUUAAAUGAAUUAGUAAAUGAUGAAAAUAUUACUUUCCGUGUAAGAUGUCUUAUUAAAGAUGUUAUAGAUAAUAGAAGUGAAAAAUGGAAUAAAAAAUUUGCCCAUAAAUUAGAGGGUCCUACAACACUUAGUGUGUUACAUGAUAAAAUAUUAAAAGAAACGUUUGAUCAAAACAACAGAAAUUUUUCAAAUAAUAAUAUGAAUUAUCAUGAUAGCAAGAUGAAUAGUAGCCUAAGCAGCAUGAGAAGUAAUAUACUACGAAAUGUUAAUUUUAAUAUGAAUAAUACUGGUGGUGGUGGUAACACCAAUAAUAAUAGUGGUAGUGGUAAUAAUAUGGGCGGCAGCAAUAAUAGCAACAGCAUGAAUUUCGGUAUUAUGAGCAGCAGUAGCAUUAGCAUGAGAAAUAUCGGCGGUAAUGUUGGUGGUAGUGCAAGCAGUGGUAUUGGUGUUGGAAUGAAGAACAUGGACUCAAGUAGUAAUAAAAAUAUGAAAAAAGUACCUCUAAAUUUAAUUAAAAAUAAGAGUAGUAACAGCUUGUCCAAAAAUCUAUCGGAUGACGUAAAAUCUGGGUCAGCUGUUGAUAGUAAUAAUAAUGCUAACAGCAGCAGUACGCUGAAUGGCAAUUAUUUUGAUAUGAUGUCAAAAGGACAAAGUAAUAAUAUCCCUUUUAAAAACCACCAGCCUUUUAUGAACAAUGAAAGUAGUGCCACUAAUGUAAGCAAUGUAAAUAACAUAAAUGGAGGGGUAAGUAGUGUAAAUGGUGUAAAUAGUGGAGGUAAUGUGAGUAGCGUGAAUAGCGGCAGGAAUACAAACAGCAGCGAAAAUAAUAAUACAGGAGCGAGUAGUACGCAUAAUAGUAGUAGUACGGGAAGCGCAGGUGGCGGUUUCUUUAGCAAUCUGAGUUCUCGCUUUUUAAAUAAGGAUAAGGGUGAGGGAAAAUUUUUUAUGCGCAGCUUCAACCUAAAGAAGACUAGCAGCAAUAGUAACAACAACAGCGGAAGUAAUAAUGGUGGUAGUUCCAACAAGGAGCAUAACGAAGUAGACGGAGUAGUGAAUGACAAAGACAAAGUAAUGGACAACAAAGAAAAUAUGAAUAAAGGCUGCGGAAGCACCAGCACCAAUAGUAAUAACGGUACAACGACUACGAGUAGCAGCAACAUGAAUAACAAUAGUAGCACAACAAAUGAUAGUAAUAAUAGUGAGGAGAAGACAUAUGUUGUUGAGGUUUCUUUUGAUGCUGAUGAAACGAAUGAUAGCACAUUUGUGGAAGAGUAUCUGCCAAAGGUAAAUGAAAUUCUUGAAUUAUCAACUGUCACAAAUGAAUGGGAAGAUUUGACCAAAAAAAUAGUAGAGUUAAAAAUACCUUCAAAAUUUAAUCAUAAACUGCAAGUCAAUAUUUUAAAACUCACUUUAAAAAAAUAUGCAUGCAAUAAAAAUGUAGAAAAGAGUUCGGACUAUUUCAAUUGGCUUAUCUCGACCGUAUUAUCAAAUAAAAUUGAUUUAGAAUCUUUUAAACCGUGUUGGAAAUCGUUCAUAUUAGAAAAAGAUGAAAAUAGUUAUGAAUAUACAAAAGAGGAUUAUCCCCUGUUACCAUUCCUUGCCAAAAAUUUCAUUAAAGCUAUUGAAUUAUACGAUACAAAUCAUAUCUUAUAUGAUGUGAGCACCAUUGAUGAGAUGAAAAGCGUUAUAUGA